ACUGGAGGAAACAGAGUACAAGGCACCAGUCGCUGUAUAGAGCUUCUUCCUCUAGGCUGUGAUUGACGGCAGGUGCAGUGUGUGUGUGUUCCUUAACCAGUGCAUAGGCAGCUCAGUCUCAUCCAACUAUCAAGGCUUUCUAUUCCCAGGCCCUGUUAUAUCACAUGGGAAAUCUCAGCUGAUUUUCUGUAGUGAGACCAUGACAAGAGAGAAAAAACAGCUAGAAGGCAGCACCAGUGGAGGGCGUCGGCACCGUGCCUGCAUGUCUAUUACUGGAAACUGCAGCAAUGUCCUGGUAGCUCUCCUCUGCAAGGUUAAUGAGUGGAGAGCUUAAUGUUUGAUCAGCCUGAAAGCCCUCCCAUCCAAGCUCCCAAGCAUGGAUAAAGACUUCCGUUACUAUUUCCAGCACCCGUGGUCCCGCAUUAUAAUCGCUUACCUUGUGACCUUCCUUAACUUUUUAAUGUUUGCGGAGGAUCCUAUAUCUCACAGCCAAACUGAGGCUAAUGUGAUUGUUGUUGGAAAUUGUUUUUCUUUUAUGAUUACGAAAUACCCUGGAGUAGGCUGGGGUGUUUUGAAGGUGAUACUCUGGCUGCUAGCCAUUGUCACUGGGCUUUUCGCUGGAAAGUUCCUGUUUCAUCAGCGAUUGUUUGGUCAUGUGCUUCGAUUAAAAAUGUUUAGGGAAGACCAUGGAUCAUGGAUGACCAUGUUUUUCAGCACUAUCCUUUUUCUCUUCUUUUUUUCACAUAUCUACAAUCUGUUUCUUCUUAUGGCAGGAGGCAUGAGCAUAUACAUUAUAAAUGAAUAUAUGGAUAUCAGAAACGAAAGCUUCAUGAAAGUAGCAGCAGUGGGAACUUGGAUGGGAGACUUUGUAACUGCAUGGAUGGUCACUGAUAUGAUGCUUCAGGACAACCAAUACCCAGAGUGGGGCAAGCCAGCAAGAUGUUUUUGGCGAAGAGGAAAUACACGAAUAAUCUUGUUCUGGACUGUUCUGUUUAGCCUUACCUCUGUUGUUGUUUUGGUUAUUACCACUGACUGGAUAAGCUGGGACAAGCUGAAUUGGGGAUUUUUGCCAAGUGAUGAGGUCUCCCGGGCCUUUCUAGCUUCAUUUAUCUUGGUGUUUGACCUUCUGAUUGUUAUGCAGGACUGGGAAUUUCCACACUUUAUGGGGGAUGUUGAUGUUAACCUUCCAGGAUUGUCUACUGCUCACUUACAAUUCAGAGUUCCAUACCUCCAUCGGAUUUUUAAAGAAGAAUAUCAUAUACGUAUCACAGGUAAAUGGUUUAACUAUGGCAUAAUAUUUCUCGUGCUCAUCCUUGAUCUUAAUAUGUGGAAAAACCAAAUAUUUUACCAGCCAUCCGCUUAUGGCCAGUAUAUAGGUCCAGGACAGAAGAUAUAUACUGUUGAAGACGCUGAAAGUUUACAAAACCUCAACAAGACAACGUUAACGUAUGAAUGGCGAUCAAAUAACACAGACCCAUACACAAACAGGUCCUACGUAGAGGGGGAUAUGUUCUUGCGCAGUAGGUUUAUUGGGUCAAGUCUGAAUGUUAAAUGUCUGGCCUUUAUUCCAAGUCUUAUGGCUUUUGUCUUAUUUGGAUUUUUCAUAUCAUUCUUCGGUCGGUUUAAAAAAAGUGAACAAGGGAUGGAAAAUAAAGACAAAACAUACACACGUAUCAAUAGGAAAUCCCCCUCUGAGCACAGCAAAGAAAUGGGAAUGACUAUUGAGAAUCUGCAGGCGGUCGUGGAGGAACCUUUAUACCUACACGAUCCAACUUUAAUUUCAAUCAGGACAAAAUCCAGUGAAAUCUCAAAUUGUCCUUCUCCUUCACUGACCUCUGAGACACUGAGAUCUUCAGAACAUUGUAUCUGCACUGAAGACUCUGAAAGCUAACUAUGGUACAAAACACAUGGCAAUAAUGAACUGUUCUGUGUGAGGUUUCUUAUUUUGUAAUAGAAAAAAAAUAUAUAUAUAUAUUUAAAUUUGACAGCACUUAACCACUUGUCCUUAAAGGUGCUCACAACUUGCACACUUUUGUAUUGUGCUAUACGUGCCUCUGUUGUAACAUUCCUUAGAAAGUAGUUACACCUCAAUAGUAUACAAGCUAAUGCGACAUUAGUUAGCAUACACAUAUUUACAGAUGAAACGCUGUGCCUUGAUUAUAUCAUACUUUUCUAAACCAUGUUUAACUACUUUUCAUUUUUUUUAUUCACUUUAUGCUUUCUUGAUUUGCAGUUUCGGAAUAAAUAAUAAGUGGAUUUGUGUAAUGUGAUGUUUAUAGGAUAAGUGUAAGUGUAGAUUAGAUUAAGUAUAAAGGAUGCAUAGUGUAUCAGCAGAGUGCAUGAUUGUACUUAUACUAUGACCUUUGGGUUUGGGAGUUAUUAUAUAAGCUAUUGUAAUAUAGUAAAUGCCACAUGUAAGAGAAUAAGGUAACAUUUUAAGGUAACAUUUUGAAGGAUUGUACCAUGUUACAUAGCUCUUAAAGAUAGAUUACUGGUAUAAUGGAUGUUUAUAACUGGAAAAGUCUGUAUCAUUUUGUGAAACUGCAUUUUUUUGCCCCUAAUAAAGGUCCGUGGGGGAGAUAUUUUGAAAGGUUGAACUUGAUAGAAUAAAAAUGCCCAUAUUAACGCUAUAACUAUUCACGGCAACGGUAAUAGGUCUGCCCAAAACAUAUUAAAGUCUUAGGGAAAAAUACAACAAGAAAUGUUACUGCCUUACAUUAUAAUCAGCACAAUGUUCAAGAAAUCAAAUAAUAAAAUGUUACAUAAACCAUA